AUGCCUUUUCCUCUCCUUGCUCUUCCGGUAAUGCCGGCGUGGGCGCAUCAGCUUGCCGGCAUUCUCCCGCUCACGGCACUUAUCGAGUUCAUCGACGUUGCCAUGAAGUUGCAUACCUUCGAGCUCUACGGGUCAGUCCCCCUCUGGAACUGGCCGAUCACUCCGGCUGGCGCGCGUUUGCUUCUUUCUACCGAGAACACUAGCGACGCCUGCUGCCUAGACCGCUCGAACCGGUGUGAGAUGAGCUUGCAUUGCAUUGACGGGCGCCAUGGGGACUGGUACCCCAGUAGCGCUCCUACGACAACUCGGCUCUGCGUGUCAACAUGUAAAGUUGAUGUCAUCGUUCGUAAUAAGAGUCAGAACAUAUCAGACGAGCGAGGACGGAAACAGAGGCUGGAGUUCUUUUCCAUCGCGUUAUCGCAGCCGGUGGCUAGGUCAGCAACCGUUUCACAACCUUACGUCGCCGCCAAAAGGGCCCUUUGGCUGGCGUGCUCACUCCGAUACUUGUUGCUGUCUACGCUAGGAUGGCUCUGUUGGGUCGGAGCUGCCGCAUUGAGCCUUACUGCAGGCUUGUACGUGGCAGCAACAUACCUGACACUGAUGCCCGUGACAGGCUACAUAGUGAGCUUCACACAUGGUGGCAAACCGCGAAGGCUGUUAGACGUGAGACCGUGCAACUUUACUCGAGUAGUCAUUGCUACUAGUAGCCUGAACGCGCCAGAAUGGUGGGCAUUUUAUGGGGGUAGCUCCUACUUGAAUUCUUUGCUCAAUAAGCCACUUUACCGCGCACAUGACCGGACCGUCUCACCACUCCUUCGUGUAGCGACCCGAGGAGUGGUCAUAAGUCAAUGGGCGGUCGCCGUUGUCUCUUGCGCUCAGCAAGAUGGGAAUGCACUGGUGAUAGCCUUUUGGCUCUUCAUAUGCGCAAUAACCAGUGCGUACAUCUAUCCUCCAGAGAAGUGCGUAGUAGAUUGGCUGCGGCACAACAACCUUGUCAUUCGGCGUAUACAGACAACUUUCUCCUCGAGAAGGGCGAUGCUAAGCGCGCUCGUCUACCUCAAUCCCGAUACCCGGGAGAGACGCCUUGGAUGGAUCAACCCUAUCUUGGCUGAUGGCCAGGAUCGGAGGGAAUGGGAGUCAGCUCUGAUGGGAUUGAUUGAGACCGGUUCUUGCGUUGACCCUAGAUCCAAGACACAAUACUGGUGGAAGUUCAUUGAAGAAGGUCUUGAUAUAGGUCGAAGAAUCGAGAUCUUGCUGCACCAGAACAUGGGUAACAAUGAUGGAGGUACCAACAUAACAACCAGUGGGAGUACGCCAUGUUAG